AUGAAAUAUCUACAUGGAAAUUACCCGGGCAUAUGUGGUACCAAGGCAGCAGCACGAUCAUAUGCUUGGUGGCCAGGCAUCGACAAAGACGUUGAAACUAUUGUUAGAAAUUGCCAAGAGUGCAUGGAAGUACUGUCAGCCCCACCAAAGACGCCAACACAACCAUGGGAAGCACCAGAAAAACCCUGGAGUCGCAUUCACUUGGAUUUUGCUGGACCUAUCGCAGGUCAAUCGUUCCUGAUUGUCGUGGACGCAACCACGAAAUGGCUCGAGGUCAAACGAGUAAGUUCACCAAAUUCAAUGAACAUAAUUAAAAUUCAACGGGCACUGUUCGCCACAUUUGGCAUCCGAGGCACCAUUGUGUACGACAAUGGCACAGCAUUCAUGUCUGAUGAGAUCAAAUUCUUUUACAAUAAAAAUGGAAUCAAGACAGUUUACAUAGCUCCAUACAACCUACAAGCAAAUGGCCAGGCAGAGAGAAUAGUACAAACAGCCAAACGUUCAGUAAAAAAGCUGAACGAGGGGGACUGGGAGGUCAAAUUAGCCAGAAUCCUCCUAAAGCAACACAUCACACCGUCUUCAGCCACGGGAGUGUCACCAGCGGAGCUUAUGUUUGGAAGAAAAAUCCGCACAGCUCUGGACAGGCUGCCACCCAAGGAUGAACCUGACCAAGACAGUGGGUAUUACUCAACAAAAAUUCGUAGACUGCAACCUGGGGACAGAGUUAGGAUGAGGAAUUAUCGAGCAGUAGGUCCACGUUGA